AUGGCUAACGACUCUGUCAGGUUUCUGGAUACCACCCUCCGCGAUGGAGAGCAGUCUGCCGGAAUCGGCAUGACUGUGGACGAGAAAAUCGAAAUUGCCAAGCAACUGCAAAAGCUGAACGUCGACAUCAUCGAGGCAGGCUUUGCAGCAAGUUCGCCGGGUGAUUUUCAGGCAGUCAGCACCAUUGCCAGGGAAGUCCGUGGGCCGGUGAUUUGUUCCCUGGCCAGGGCUCAUCCUAAUGAUGUGGAUCAAGCCUGGGAAGCCAUUAAGGGCGCCGAGUCUCCUCGUAUUCACGUGUUCCUGUCUUCAUCGGACAUUCAGGUGAUGCAUCAGCUUCGAAAGAACCGGGAAGAAGUUAUUGAAAUGGCCGUCACCAUGGUGGAGCGGGCAAAGAGUCAUUGCAGUGACGUCGAGUUUUCUCCAAUGGACGCCACUCGUACCAAUCCCGAAUACCUGUUUCAAAUGCUAGAGGCGGUAAUCCGCGCCGGCGCCACCACGGUCAACAUCGCUGACACGGUGGGUUACGCUAUCCCGUCAGACUUUGCCCGGCUGCUCCGGGAAGUUCAAGAGAAGGUAACCGGCAUGGACAAGGUUACCCUCAGCGUGCAUUGUCACAACGAUCUGGGAUUGGCAGUAUCCAAUAGCCUGGCCGCCGUCGAAGCCGGCGCCCGCCAGGUGGAGGGUUGCAUCAACGGUAUCGGCGAACGUGCCGGCAACGCCUCUCUGGAAGAGAUAAUUAUGGGGUUGGAUACCCGCAAGGACUUGUUUAAUGUGGACAUCAAUGUCGACACCACCCAGCUCUACCCCACCAGCCGCCUGGUCAGCCGGAUCACCGGAAUGUCAGUUCAGGCCAACAAGGCGGUAGUUGGUGAAAACGCCUUCCGCCAUGCUUCGGGUAUCCACCAGGACGGAGUAUUGAAGGAUCGCUCCACCUACGAAGUUAUGCAGCCGGAACGGGUAGGGGUGCCCGGCAAUAGCCUGGUGUUGGGCAAGCUGAGCGGUCGCGCGGGCCUGCAGUCCCGUCUUGAAGCCUUGGGAUACAGUCUUUCCCGGGAAGAGGUCACCACCGUUUUCGAGUCCUUCAAGGAACUGGCCGACAAGAAGCGGGAGGUUACCGACCGCGAUCUGGAAAUCCUGAUGGAUGAGGAAAAGCGGAGCGCCAGCGAACCAGUCAGUUACCUGCUGGAGCACAUCCACUUUUCCAGUGGCGACCAUGAUAUCCCGACCGCCACCGUAAAAUUGGUCGAUUCGACCGGCAACGAAGUUGUGGACGCCUCCACCGGUAACGGUCCCGUUGACGCGGCCUGCAAGGCCAUAGACCGGGUCAUCGGCUGCUCCGCCAAGCUGGUGGACUUCAAUGUCCAGUCAGUUAGCGAAGGGCUGGAUUCCAUCGGUACGGUUACGGUCCGCAUUGAGAACGAUGGCCGCACUUUCUUCGGGCGGGGCGCUUCAACUGACAUUAUUGUGGCCAGUGCAAAGGCCUACCUCAGCGCCGUCAACAGAAUGCUGGCCGCCGACGAGGAAGCCAACCUCCCGGCCGUGGGAACUACACCGGACUAG